AGUCCUGACCUCACUGCUUACUCUCACGCAAGCGAUACCCCGGAGACGGUAGACGACCUUCGUUACCAACGCAUCUCACUGUACAGCGUACUGCACCUCAAAGUGAAUAAUCGACUCAACAGCAAACUCUCCUGUCCGCGAACAUCCGCUCCCACCACGACACUUGCUCGACGCUACUUGACCUUUGAUGUCAGCUAAUGUCUCGGUGGCACCAGGACGACUUUCUUUAGAGGUCAACCAUGGCGCACUGAACGUUACGCUGUUCUUCGCUACCGAUCUACCCUACGUGGCUCUGGAGCUUGGUCUUUCGACCGUCCUCUUCGGCAUACUCACCACUCUCUUUCUGGUUGCCGUGUUCUUUCUAGCUGGAAAUGGACUGAGAAGGACCUCCGUUCGGGUACUCCUCCUCAGCACGCUGCUGCUAUACAUGUCUACGACCCUGUGGAUAGCAACGAAAGGGUGGUACAUCACGAGCGUGGGUCGAGCUGUCUCCAGCGCUCGUGGUGGGCUCUAUUCCGAUGCUGAUAUUGGCGGAGACGUCGCUGUGCUUAGUCGGAAGGUCUCGACACAAUCAUUGAUCAUGACGAUGGCCCUAGGUCUCAACGUUGUACUAGGGGACAGCAUCGUGUGGUGGCGGGCGUGUGCUGUCUGGCGAAAUCGCCUGGUCUACUAUGGCGGUGCCCUUCUCAUCGCCCUGACAGUCGGGUUCGGAACUGUAGCCAUUGCUCUGGGAGACCAUGAAUGUCCAUGUCACGAAUGCCCUUGUCUCUUCCCCAACUAUCUAUUCCAGGACGGCGCCUUCUCGAAGGUUAGCGCGGUACUAUCUCUGUCUACGAACAUAUUCGCCACCGCUCUGAUCGCGUACAAGGCGUGGCAGCACAGAAGAGUCCUGCGCGGGCGAACGGGUGAACGAGCAGCUAGGGUGGCGAGGGCCCUGAUCUUGCUCAUCGAGUCUGGAACAAUCUAUUGUAUUCUACUAAUCCUACUAGUCCUGUACGAAAUCGGGCCAGCUAAGCCCAAUACGCCUCUGCACGCUCAUCAAAACAUGCUCUUGCGAGCAGAGUCGUACUACACAUUUGGCUGCUUCGUACCCAUUGUCGCUAUCUAUCCGAUGCUCAUCAUUGUCCUCGUCGCUCUCAACUGCUCUCCCAUCGACAAUGGCAUGAGCGGGAUGAGCCAGGGCGGCACCGCAACGGCAGCAGCAACAGAAUCUGGAGAUGCGAUGAUCAGUAAUAUUGCCUUCGGCUCCCAAAUCCGCCCGUCGUCUUCGGAGAUCGUAGAGGAUAUCCCGAUGUUCCCUGUCAAGGGCCACAGGAAGAUGCGGGAUGGUAAGUCCUUGCAGGACGUCUGCGCGCAAUCCUGAGCAUGUCUUUAUGAUUACGCACUGUACUUGUAGCCUUAGCAUACAUUGUAUAUAGUGUUGUAUUCACUUCGCUUAGUUGGGUCUGAAGACCGGAUGUACCCCUCGUCUCGCUCCCAUUGACGAC